GCGAAGGAGUCGCUGUGUCCCGGAGGCGUGGUGUGCAGCGCCCGCCGUGGCCGCGGGAACCAGCGCCUGGCGGAACUACUACUCCCAGACCAGCCGGGGCCCCCCAUCUCCUCUCCGCCGCGCUUUCAGACGCCGAGCACUACAAUUCCCGGCAUGCCGUGAACUUGACGGCUGCGCCUUCCAGGCGGCGUCCGGCCCUGCCACCCGCCCCGCACACCCACCGGGUCUCGGCUGCUGCCCCGGCCGCGCGCGGAGGCGGGACGCGAGCCAUGGAGGAGACGCCGCCCCCGCUGCUGGGCAGCAGCAAGCCGCACCUGGAAAAGUUGACGCUGGGCAUCACCCGCAUCCUAGAAUCAUCCCCAGGUGUGACAGAGGUGACCAUCGUAGAAAAGGUACCCGCUGAACGUCAUAUGAUUUCUUCAUGGGAACAAUGCCCAGCAGCUACUUUCUGCUCCCCAGCUACUUUCUCUGGUGAAGUGGUCUCUGAAAGAGAAGGAACAAUGGAGCACAGGAUUCCCAGAAGUAGAGCAGAGUCCUGUAGAAUUCAGGAAUGUGAGCUACCAGAGCCAGGCAAUCAAGAGAAAAAUAACUGCCUUCUGCCUGAGGAUCUGAAGAACUUUUACCUGAUGACAAAUGGCUUCCACAUGACAUGGAGUGUGAAGCUGGAUGAGCAUACCAUUCCACUGGGCAGCAUGGCAAUUAACAGCAUCUCAAAACUGACUCAACUCAACCAGUCUUCCAUGUACUCACUUCCUAAUGCACCAACUCUGGCAGACCUGGAGGACGAUACACAAGAAGCCGGUGAGAACCAGCCAGAGAAGCCUCACUUUGAUUCUCGCAGUGUGAUAUUUGAACUGGAUCCUUGCAAUGGGAAUGGGAAGGUUUGCCUUGUCUACAAAAGAGGGAAACCAGCAUUAGCACAAGACUCUGAGAUCUGGUUCCUGGACAGAGCAUUAUACUGGCAUUUUCUCACAGAUACCUUUACUGCCUAUUAUCGCCUGCUCAUCACCCACCUGGGCCUGCCCCAGUGGCAGUAUGCCUUCACCAGCUAUGGCAUUAGCCCCCAGGCCAAGCAAUGGUUCAACAUGUAUAAACCCAUCACCUACAACACAAACCUACUCACAGAAGAGACUGACUCCUUUGUGAACAAGCUGGAUCCUAGCAAAGUGUUCAAGAGCAAGAACAAGACCUUAAUCCCAAAAAAGAAAGGGCCUCCUCAACCUGCAGGUGGCCAGAAAGGGCCCUCAGGUCCUCCUUCCACCUCUAAAUCCUCCUCUGGCUCUGGAAACCCUGUCCGGAAAUGAGCACCCCACCUCCAGCUCCCCACAAGCCCCACAGCAAUGAUUUCCAUGCACAGAUGCUGCAGGCAUGGCCCAGGCCUUAGAGUCUGUGUGUGGAACCAUAGUCCUCUUCUCAACUGAGUAACCAGAAUCCUAGGCCUUUCACUCCCAUUGGCCUUAGCCAGGAUCCCCUUUUGGAAGAACAUACUCAGGUCUUCCCAGGAAUCCUUCCCCCAUACUCCUUAUAGCAGGUUGUGCCACCUACUGCAUCUGGAGGCUGUGGAGAAUUUAAGGUCUUGUGUAAGUGACUAAAGAGAUCUGUUAAGAGCUUUCUUCUCUUCCUACUUCCAACCCCCACCCCUCAGCAGUAAUUGGAGAAAUUCCCUGGAGAAACCAUUGGUUUUGACUUAUGAGGCAUUGGAGCUGUGCUGUUCAGUUGUAGCCAUAUUUUAAAGCAGCUAAAUUUAAGCUAUAUUGAAAAUUAAGUUCCUCAGUGAUAUUAGCCACAUUGUGCAUAUUCGUGUGGCUAGUGGGUUCUGUGUUAGCACAGACAUGAUGAAAUAAUUCUAUCAUAAUGGAAAGUUCUGUUGGGCAGCACUAUAUGAGAAUAUUUUUGCAUACCCUUCCUCAGAUCAGUUAAUAUUUGAUAGGUUAUAAUGUUCCAUGAAAAAUCUUGAAGAUACAUUUGUAUGUUUCUCUACAUCCUUUACCACAAACAAAUCUUGUUUUGCUCAUUUUCAGAUUCCUAUAAAAUUUCUUAUUUCCAGUUUUGUGAUAUUUGCACCUUUGCCAGAAUUAUCUCACUUAUUGUGUUUUUUUAAGAAGAGGUAAUUCUGCUGUAUCAUUAAAAAACACAAAGUCCAAAGCACUGCUUUGCUGGACUCCUCAUAAAGAGGUUUGAUGAAAUCAGUUACUAUUGACAAGAGCUUUCUACCUGAUCGGCCUACUCACAGCUGCUCAGCAAUUCAUGGAGCAGCAAGAAAGGAGAGAGAAGAGCCAGGUUGUCAAAGCUAAUAGCUGAAGUUGUCUUCCAGAAGCCUUUUCCUGCCCAAACUGAUCAAAUCAAAGGGAGACCAGGCAGUGCCAGAUAAAAGAUCACAGCAUUUGGCUGCUUCCCCAAGACAAGUCAAGGUUAGAAGGGGAUUAGAAGCUAUGUCAUCUUCCACUGUGGCAGGUGUCCUUCCUCUAAUGGAAACCCUGAAUUAUUUUUAAGUCAAUCCUGUUGCAGCUCUAGAUUCCACAAGGAGAGGAGCCAGGGGAGCAAUGUUGCCCUUCACGCAGUGACAACCAGGUAGAGCCCCCAAAGGGCUGUAGAUGGGAGGGGGUUCUGGUAAGAAAAGGCUUGGGACCUACUUCAGGAGGUGUAAAGCAAUCGAGAGCAGGGCUGGCUACCAAUAGGUAGGACCCAGUUUAAAAUGAAAAUGUGAGCCUUCUGUCCAAAAAUCAGGAAAAUGGUACCAUUAAAAGUACUAAAAUUCUUUUCUUCUGUGGUUUCUCUCACAACUUGUUACCAUGGUUUUGUUUGUUUGCUACUUAAUGUUAUUCUAAGAAAAAUUAAAUAAUUUUAAGUUCCUA